AGUGAGUGAGUGAGUGAGUGAGUGAGUGAGUGAUGGUGCGUGAAUAGAGAGGAGUGAAGAGGAGUCAAUAAGAAAAUUUGAGAAAAAAAGAAUUGUGCAAAGGCUAUACAAUCUUGUUUCAAGAAAACAGACAUUCGUGAUAUUCAUUACGAUCCGUCCACCGAAAUCCUGAAAAUGGGAGUUCCAACGUCUGCAAGUACAAAAGUCAACAUAUUGAACGAGAUUCAUUAUUUGAAAAGUUGUAUACAGGAGCAAUAUAAACAGAAAAAGCAAAUAAUAUUGCAGUCUAGUGAAAAGGCUAAUUCCAGCAGAAAAUUUAAAUUUGUUAAGUCAAACAUUCAAUCAAAUCAAAAGAGUCUGGUUUCUGAUUCCUCUUUGAAUUCUAAAAUAUUACCUGAGUGUUCAAUUAAAAACAUACAUGUAAACUCAAGUUUGCUUGCCACAAAUGUUCAUGUUAAUCCAAAUUUUAAACCACAAAAACCAACUGUGCAUAUCAAUCCGAAUAUGCAUACCAAGCCUUUAAUACAUGUUAAUCCAAAAAUGAUGCGUGACAUUUCCAAUUUAAAUCAAAACUUACAAAAUAAUAUAAGCACUACAAAAAUUACAGCAAAAACAAAUGUGAAUAACAUUGAGCAAGGAAAUGUCAAGAGAUCUAUAUAUGUUAAUCCGACAUUGUUGAAGAAAUUAUCUUCUUCCAAAGAAAAGUUGACGGAUUCUAAAGAAUUAGUUACAACUGAACAACCUGUUUGUUCGAGAUUAAAACUUAUAAAGAAUAUCGAUAAUCGAAAGAUUUCUCCGAAGAAGACUAGUAAUUCUAACAUUGUACUUUUAUCACAUAGAAAACUUGUUAGAGUAUCUCCUGCAAAACACUCACUGAAAACUUCUUCACUGUUCCAACGUAAAUUAUCAAAAUAUGUAGAAUUAAAAGAUAAAAAAUUUGAGACACAAUUGGAAAAAGUCAUGAAACUGAAGCCAUUAAUAAGUAAUACGUUACCAUCUACAAGUAAAAUAUCUAAUUUAUCAAAAUUAAAUAUCAAUAAAUCUAAUAAUAAAUCUAAAAUGACCAAAUAUAAAAUAGAUAGAACUGUGUUACAUGUGUCAAAAACUAAAGAAGCUGGUCUCUCAGAAAUAACGAAAGUUAUAAACGACACAAAGAAACUUGUUACUAUUGGUGGUAUUGUUUAUAGAGCUUCCAAAAAUAAAUUAGUUCGGAGAAACUCUUUAUUGAAACGAAAGCGAUCAAUUAGUGGAAAAAGCGAUAAACUUAAUGUUUCUCUUAAUGAUAAAAAACGACGAAUAGGCAAAGAAGUUUUAAAUCGCACAUUAGAAACAAACAUUGGUAGCAAGACAAGACUUACUUUCAAUGUAUUUCCAAAAACCACUUACAAAAAUAGUAUCAGCAACAAAGCGAAACAAAGAAGUAUACGAAUCCUACGGAAUAAAAUGCACAAAAAUAACCAGCCUUGCUUAAUUUUUCAACGAUUCGGAUCUUGUCCAAAUCAUAAAAAUGGAGCAUGUCCUAAACGGCAUGAUAAAAAACAAGUGUCGCUCUGCAAAAACUUUCUGCAAGGAAAAUGUUUUUUAAACAAAUGCACUUUAUCUCACGAUGUUGGACCUGAAAAGAUGCCUACAUGCAAAUACUUCCUCGAUGGCUGUUGUACAAGAGAUGCCUGCCCUUAUCUUCAUGUUAAAGUCUCAUCAAAUACUUCAAUUUGCAUUGAUUUUCUACAAGGAUAUUGUGCUAAGGGAAAUAAGUGCCAACGACGUCACGAGUAUCUUUGUCCUGAAUUUAACAAGUCGGGAAAUUGCAGCAAAGGUGAGUGUUGCCCUUAUCCUCAUAAAUCACAUUCCUCUAAUUCUGAAAAAAGUGCUAAGUACUUAAGCAAAACACAUGAUACACAAAAAUAUCAUGCUGCAUUUGCUAGAGAAGGUAAUUCUGAGAUCUCAAACCCGGAAAGCAGAUUAAGAUAUUAUGAAAUAACCGACGGUUUAUCUGAAGAUUUUGAGAAAAAGAAAGAGAUUCUAAUGACCGAACCUGUAAAGCAAAUUAACAUUAAUGAAAUUAAACAAAAUCAAUCUCUAAUAAAAGAAAAUCAACAUGAAUUAGAGAUAACGAUUUACGAUCGUAAUGUAAAAAGGAAGGUCUCUAUUGGCAGUUAUAUUCCUAUUGAUCAUCUUUAAUAUUUGUAUACAUUAUUUUUUUAGUAGAUAAUCUUUUAAGUUAAUUUAAGAUCGUAAUUAUUAUUAAAUUAAAUUAAGGCAAUUAUUUCAUUCAAAGCAUAUGUGUUUGGAGAUCUCAUUUUUAAACAUUGUUACGUAUCUAUCAUGAAAUUAGAGAUCUUUCAUAUAUAGUUAUUCAAAAUUAAAUGAAAUUUAUUAUCAAUUUCUAUUUUAUAUAUAUAUUUAAAGUUUUAAAACGAACAAUAUAUUAUUACAUUCUAUUAUAAAUAAGUAACUUUUAUAUUUAACUAAAUAUGAAUUCUUGAUAUACUAUAUCAAGUAUUUGUAUCAAAGUAUAUGUAAAACACUUGUUACUCCAACAAUCGAUUAUAUUUUGGAUAUAUUAUAAAUACAUCACAAAUAUUAAUUUAUAUAACAAAUUAUAUUGUAAAUAUAUAUAUUGCAAAAA